AUGUCCCUUACAUUGGUGGUCAGUGGGAAGAAUGUCCCUUACAUUGGUGGUCAGUGGGAAGAAUGUCCCUUACAUUGGGGGUCAGUGGGAAGAAUGUCCCUUACAUUGGGGUCAGUGGGAAGAAUGUCCCUUACAUUGGGGGUCAGUGGGAAGAAUGUCCCUUACAUUGGGGGUCAGUGGGAAGAAUGUCCCUUACAUUGGGGGUCAGUGGGAAGAAUGUCCCUUACAUUGGGGGUCAGUGGGAAGAAUGUCCCUUACAUUGGGGGUCAGUGGGAAGAAUGUCCCUUACAUUGGGGGUCAGUGGGAAGAAUGUCCCUUACAUUGGGGGUCAGUGGGAAGAAUGUCCCUUACAUUGGGGGUCAGUGGGAAGAAUGCCCCUUACAUUGGAGGUCAGUGGGAAGAAUGUCCCUUACAUUGGGGGUCAGUGGGAAGAAUGUCCCUUACAUUGGGGGUCAGUGGGAAGAAUGUCCCUUACAUUGGGGGUCAGUGGGAAGAAUGCCCCUUACAUUGGAGGUCAGUGGGAAGAAUGUCCCUUACAUUGGGGGUCAGUGGGAAGAAUGUCCCUUACAUUGGUGGUCAGUGGGAAGAAUGCCCCUUACAUUGGAGGUCAGUGGGAAGAAUGUCCCUUACAUUGGGGGUCAGUGGGAAGAAUGUCCCUUACAUUGGUGGUCAGUGGGAAGAAUGCCCCUUACAUUGGAGGUCAGUGGGAAGAAUGUCCCUUACAUUGGGGGUCAGUGGGAAGAAUGUCCCUUACAUUGGUGGUCAGUGGGAAGAAUGCCCCUUACAUUGGAGGUCAGUGGGAAGAAUGUCCCUUACAUUGGGGGUCAGUGGGAAAGAAUGUCCCUUACA